AUGCAGCACGCCGCCGCAAGCGAUAUUGGCCCCGGGCCCGACAGCCGGCGUCGCACCUCCUCCACCCCUCAGCGGCCCCAGCACAUCACCUACAACGACACAUUCCGCCGCGAGCAGCAGCAGGCCAACCAGAUGCCCCCUCCGUUCCCCGGCGCCUCGUACGGCGCAGGCGUCCCCCAGCUCAACCAGAUGAGGAGCUUCUCCGGUCAGCCCAUGCCCGCAGGCCAGUUCGGACAGGUCGCGCCGCCUUUGGGUCACUCGGCCUCCUCCUCCGUCUCCUCUGCUGGUGGCUUCCAUCCCUACCGCAGGACUCAGCGCGGCAACUCGGACAUCGGCGCAACCAACGUGCACAACUUCCCAUCCGCUCCCGCCCAACCUCCCUCCGCCGUCGCCUCGGGCGCAGCGGCUCCAAGAGCGCGCACCUCCAGCGCCGCCUCCCAAUCGUCGUCGCGCGAAACUUCGCCCAUGCUCGCCGCAGAGCGCAAACGCGGCUUUGCCGCCAUCCCUUCCUCCGCCUCCUCCCCCAGUCUCGGACCCUCGCUGGCCAACAAGAACGUGUCCGGCGCACCUUCCUCCCAGGUCGGCCUGGCACACCUUCGCGGCGCUCCGCCACGGAGCAACAGCCAAUCCUCGCUGGCCUCCGAAGCUUCCUCGCGCACCGCAACCGCAACCGCCGGCGCCCCCUCACCGGUUCACCAGCGAACCGACUCGUCGGCCUCGCUCCACUCCAUCAACACGUCGUCGCAGCGUGCUGCGCAGCCAAGCGCGGCCUCGUCCAAGAAGCCCUCGCCACUUUCGCGACAGGCAGCCAAGGACGACGACGAAGAGGCCGUCUACGGCGGCAGCGACGACGACCGCGUAGACGGCGGCCGCUCCACACCCAUGCCCGGCUAUGCCCCCAAGGCCUCCAAAAAGACUGGGCUCUCGAGCAAGCUCCGAAAGGCUCUCUCCUUUUCCAACAUGAACGACAUUCACGACAACAGCUCCUACGGCGCCUCGCAACCCAACACCCUGCGUCGUCCCAACGGCAUCCCUGGCCGUGAGCUCGGCGGACUGCCCAACUCGUCUGGCGACACCAAUGCCUCCACCGGAUCAACGCGCUCCACCUCGCCCCCGCGCACGCCCGACAACGGCGCCGCUCUGCCCGGCUCCUCCGCCGCCUCCAUCACCUCGCGCAGAGGCACAAGGCCGCCGCUCUCCAACAACAACGACGGCAAGCGCAGCAUCUUCAACCGCAAGUUCAACUCGUCCACCGACAACAUCUCCAUCUCCUCCACCGUCUCGAGCGCUUCCGUCAUGCUGCGCAAGGUGGGCAACCUCGGCAAGCUCGCUCGCCGACACUCGCUCAUGGGCCUCACCAACAUGUUCAACAAGGACAAGGAAGGUCGCGACGGCCUCCACGGCGACGCCUUUGGCACCAUGCCCGUCGCCUCGGACGACUCGGCGCUCAACACCAAGUCCAAAAAGGCGACCAAGAGCAAAAAGGGCAUUCCCGCAUCCGCCUCCAUCACGCACGCCACCGUUGAGCUCGAGAGCGCGCGCGUCGCCGACGCUGGCAUGACGCCCGCCGCGUCCUACGUGCGCCAGCAUCAGCUCCAGAUGCAGGCCCAGGCCGAGGCCGAGGCGCGAGCCGCGCGCGAGCGCCAGGAGUCCGAGGCGAGGGCGCGCGAGGCGGGCGAAAACCGCCAAAAGAUGAUCGAAAAGGAGAAGGAGCGCCUCAAGUCCAAGCGUGGCUGGCGCAAGAAGUUUGGCAGCAGCGGUGGCGGCAGCAUCAGCUCCAUCACCUCGGACGCUCCCACCGGCCUCGAAACCACAUACGCCGAGCCGGACGCAUACCACGCCGACGGCAUCAACGGCCAGGCUGGCGCCGACCCGAUCGUCUCGGAGGCGCCGCCCCAGAUCUCGAUUGCCUAUGGUGAGGAAGGCGGAUUCGAUGCCUCGUUCGACAGCGAGUUGCUGGAGCCACCGCACAUGCCGGCCGCUGGCGGCCUGGGUGGCGAUGACUCGGGCGACGAGUUUGAGACCGACAGCCUGCGCCACUGGGCCGAGGGCAUCGAGCGUUCGCGCGCGAGUGCGGCGCAGUUCAAGAACCCCAAGGGCAUCCUCAAGAAGACGGCCAGCACGCCCGACCUCUCGCUGAGCGGCGGCUUUGACAAGCCGUUUGCCGGCCGCAUCCGCGCCAACUCGUACGACGCGCCGCAGUCGGCCUCGGCCUCGUCGGCCACGCACGGCGCGAGCCCCAUGACGCACCUCUCGGGCAGCACGGCGGGCGUGGAGCGUCUGGAUGGCAUCGGCGCCAAGACGGACUCGCCCGUGUCGUCGCGGCCGGGCUCGAGGUCGGGCGAUGUGCCGCCGCGGUCGGCAUCGCCGGGCGCGAUGCAGCAUGCGGGGGGCGGCGUGCUGGGCCACCACUCGAACUCGUCGAUGCCUACGCUGUCGCUCAUGAUGGACGGCGCGGCGAGCGCCGACUUUAUGCCGCAGCGCUCCGUGACGGCGCCGACGCAGCCCAAGAAGAAGCUGUCGUUUGCCGACGAUCUCAUCUUCCACUCGACGUGGCCCGCCACGGUGUACGAUCGGCGCGGCGAGCAGGCGACGUGCAACCGGCUCACGCCGCUGCUGGCGCAGCGCAUCAAGGAGGAGCUCAACACGUACAAGAUGGAGGAGAUGGCCGUCGCGCCCUCGAGCCGCAUCUACACGCACUUUUUCGUGUGA